AUGUCUUCUGGGAAAGUGGCCGCCCCUCUUGCCCGCUUCCCUCCCGGGGCGGCGGGGACGCUCGUGGGGCGAGGGCGCUGGCUGGUGCAGCUCGCCCGUCACUGUCGCCGCCCGCCUUUUCUCCGCCCGCCCUGCGUGGUGUGCCCGCGCUCAGGAGUGUCGCGCGUAGCCUGCGGCGGGGGCGCCACGCGGCGGGGCGCGGAGCCGGACCCCCGCCUCCCCGGCUCCGCGGGCCCUUCCGGAGGUUCCCGCGCGCGCCCCGCUGAGCUUCCGACGUCGGCGCCGGGCGCGCGGCGCGUCUCCGGGGCCCGCGCGCGCCGAGCGCCUCUGCGGCGGGAGCGCGGCGUGGCACUUGGCAGACGCUCCCUGGCGGCGGGGGCGGCGGCGGCCGACCCCGGCCCGUGCGCGGCCGCCCGCGAGUCCGAGCGCCAGCUGCGCCUCCGCCUCUGCGUCCUCAACGAGAUCCUGGGCACCGAGAGGGACUACGUGGGCACCUUGCGCUUCCUGCAGUCGGCCUUCCUGCACCGCAUCCGGCAGAACGCGGCGGACUCCGUGGAGAAGGGGCUCACGGACGAGAACGUCAAGAUCCUCUUCUCCAACAUCGAGGACAUCCUGGAGGUGCACAAGGACUUCCUGGCCGCCCUGGAGUGCUGCCUGCACCCGGAGCCGCAGUCUCAGCACGAGCUCGGCAACGUGUUCCUCAGAUUCAAGGACAAGUUCUGCGUCUACGAGGAGUACUGCAGCAACCACGAGAAGGCCCUGCGGCUGCUGGUGGAGCUCAACAAGGCCCCCGCCGCCCGCGCCUUCCUCCUGAGCUGUAUGCUGCUGGGAGGCCGGAAGACCACGGACAUCCCCCUGGAGGGCUACCUGCUGUCUCCCAUCCAGCGGAUCUGCAAGUACCCGCUGCUGCUCAAGGAGCUGGCCAAGAGGACCCCGGGCAAGCACCCCGACCACCCGGCGGUACAGAGCGCCCUGCAGGCCAUGAAGACCGUUUGCUCCAACAUCAACGAGACCAAGCGGCAGAUGGAGAAGCUGGAAGCCCUGGAGCAGCUGCAGUCCCACAUCGAGGGCUGGGAGGGCUCCAACCUCACGGACAUCUGCACCCAGCUCCUCCUGCAGGGGACUUUGUUGAAAAUCUCUGCGGGUAACAUCCAGGAAAGGGCCUUCUUCCUGUUCGACAACCUCCUGGUCUACUGCAAGCGGAAGUCCAGGGUCACUGGGAGCAAGAAGUCCACCAAGAGGACCAAAUCCAUGAAUGGCUCCCUGUACAUCUUCAGGGGCCGAAUCAACACCGAGGUCAUGGAGGUGGAGAACGUGGAAGACGGGACAGCCGACUACCACAGCAACGGCUAUACGGUCACCAACGGCUGGAAGAUCCACAACACCGCCAAGAACAAGUGGUUCGUGUGCAUGGCCAAGACGGCCGAGGAGAAGCAGAAGUGGCUGGACGCCAUCAUCCGCGAGCGGGAGCAGCGCGAGAGCCUGAAGCUGGGCAUGGAGCGCGACGCCUACGUCAUGAUUGCGGAGAAGGGGGAGAAGCUGUACCACCUCAUGAUGAGCAAGAAGGUGAACCUCAUCAAGGACCGGCGCCGGAAGCUGAGCACCGUGCCCAAGUGCUUCCUGGGCAAUGAGUUUGUGGCCUGGCUCCUGGAGAUCGGCGAGAUCAGCAAGACGGAGGAAGGGGUCAACCUGGGCCAGGCUCUGCUGGAGAACGGCAUUAUCCACCACGUUUCUGACAAGCACCAGUUCAAGAACGAGCAGGUGAUGUACCGUUUUCGCUAUGACGAUGGCACAUACAAGGCCCGGAGUGAGCUGGAGGACAUCAUGUCCAAGGGUGUGAGGCUAUACUGCCGUCUCCACAGCCUCUACACCCCGGUGAUCAAAGACCGUGACUACCACCUGAAGACCUACAAGUCCGUGCUGCCCGGGAGCAAGCUGGUAGACUGGCUGCUGGCCCAGGGAGACUGCCAGACGCGAGAGGAGGCCGUGGCGCUCGGCGUGGGCCUGUGCAACAACGGCUUCAUGCACCACGUGCUGGAGAAGAGCGAGUUCAAGGACGAGUCCCAGUACUUCCGCUUCCACGCUGACGAGGAGAUGGAGGGGACCAGCAGCAAGAACAGACAGCUUCGCAACGACUUCAAGCUCGUGGAGAACAUCCUGGCCAAGCGGCUGCUGAUCCUGCCCCAGGAGGAGGACUACGGCUUCGACAUCGAGGAGAAGAACAAGGCCGUGGUGGUGAAGUCGGUCCAGAGGGGCUCGCUGGCUGAGAUGGCCGGCCUGCAGGUGGGCAGGAGGAUCUACUCCAUCAACGAGGACCUGGUGUUCCUGCGGCCCUUCUCGGAGGUGGAGUCCCUCCUCAACCAGUGCUUCUGCUCCCGCCGCCCCCUGCGCCUCCUGGUGGCCACCAAGGCCAAAGAGACCAUCAAAGUCCCCGACCACCCAGAGGCCCUGUGCUUCCAGAUCCGAGGAGCCGCCCCGCCCUAUGUCUUCGCCGUGGGGAGAGGCUCCGAGGCCGUGGCUGCCGGACUGUGUGCCGGCCAGUGUGUCCUGAAGGUCAACGGCAACAACGUGGCCAGCGAGGGUGCCCCGGAGGUCCUGGAGCACUUCCAGGCGUUCCGGAGUCGUGGAGAGGAGGCGCUGGGCCUCUACCACUGGAUCUACCACACCCACGAGGAUGCCCAGGAGGCGCGAGCCAGCCAGGAGACCCCCGGAGAGGACACGGGGGCCCUGGAGGACGACCAGCCAGACUCUGCCUGGCCCCUGCUGUCCCUGGGCCCACAGCUGAGCCUGCGCGAGGACGGGCCGGUGGUCAGCCUGACGGUGGACAACGUGAGCCUGGAGCACGGCGUGGUGUACGAGUACGUGAGCACGGCCGGCGUCAAGUGCCACGUGCUGGAGAGGAUCGUGGAGCCCCGCGGCUGCUUCGGCCUCGCCGCCAAGGUCCUGGAGGCCUUCGCUGCGGAGGACAGCGCCUUCGUGCAGAACUGCGGACGGCUCAUGGCCAGGAGCAGCGCCAUCGUGACCAUGCCCCACUUCGAGUUCCGCAACAUCUGUGACACCAAGCUGGAGAGCAUCGGCCGGAGGAUCGCCUGCUACCAGAAGUUUGCAGCUCAGCUGAGGAGCCGGGUCAGCCCCGCCUUCAAGCAGGCGGCCCUAGAGCCCCACCCCCUGUGCGGCCUGGACUUCUGCCCCACCAACUGCCACGUCAACCUCAUGGAGGUGUCCUACCCCAAGACCACCCCCUCGGUGGGCAGGUCCUUCAGCAUUCGCUUCGGACGCAAGCCCUCCCUCAUCGGCCUUGACCCUGAGCAAGGCCACCUGAACCCCAUGUCCUACACCCAGCACUGCAUCACCACCAUGGCCGCCCCGUCCUGGAAGUGCCUGCCUGUUGUGGACGGGGACCCCGACGACAGCCUCGGGCCCCCCAGCGGGGCCCUGGGCCCGGAGGACCGGGGCCUGAGCUUCCUGCUGAAGCAGGAGGACCGUGAGGUGCAGGACGCCUACCUACAGCUCUUCACCAAGCUGGAUGUGGCCCUCAAGGAGAUGAAGCUGCUGUCCACCAUCACGGAGCCCACCCCUGGCGAGGCCUGUGACCCGCCCCUGGCUGAGGAGGCCUCCUCCUCCUCACUGGUCAGCGAGGAGAGCGAGAUGGACAGGACCGACCAUGGGGGCAUCAAGAAAGUGUGCUUCAAGGUGUCUGAGGAAGACCAGGAGGACUCGGGCCACGACACCAUGAGCUACCGCGACUCCUACAGCGAGUGCAACAGCAACCGGGACUCGGUCCUGUCCUACACCAGUGUGAGAAGCAACAGCUCCUACCUGGGCAGCGACGAGAUGGGGUCCGGGGACGAGCUGCCCUGUGACAUGCGCAUCCCAUCGGACAAGCAGGACAAGCUCCAUGGCUGCCUGGAGCACCUCUUCAACCAGGUGGACGCCAUCAACACGCUGCUCAAGGGGCCGGUGAUGGGCAGGGCGUUCGAGGAGACCAGGCAUUUCCCCAUGGAGCACAGUCUCCAAGAGUUCAAACAGAAAGAAGAGUGUAUGGUCCGUGGCCGGAGCUUGAUCCAGAUCAGCAUCCAGGAGGACCCCUGGAACCUUCCCAACUCCAUCAAGACCCUGGUGGACAACAUCCAGAGAUACGUGGAAGAUGGGAAGAACCAGCUGCUCCUGGCCUUGCUGAAGUGCACAGACACCGAGCUGCAGCUGCGCAGGGACGCCAUCUUCUGCCAGGCCCUGGUGGCCGCCGUGUGCACCUUCUCCGAGCAGCUGCUGGCGGCCCUCAGCUACCGCUACAACAACAACGGCGAGUACGAGGAGAGCAGCCGGGACGCCAGCCGCAAGUGGCUGGAGCAGGUGGCCGCCACCGGGGUCCUGCUGCACUGCCAGUCCCUGCUGGCGCCAGCCGCAGUGAAGGAGGAGCGCACCAUGCUGGAGGACAUCUGGGUGACCCUGUCGGAGCUGGACAACGUCAGCUUCUCCUUCAAGCAGCUGGAUGAGAACUACGUGGCCAACACCAACGUCUCCUACCACAUCGAGGGCGGCCGGCAGGCGCUGAGGGUGGUCUUCUACCUCGACAGCGACCACUUCUCCAAGCUGCCCUCCCGCCUGGAGAGCGGGGCCAGCCUCCGCCUGCACACCGUGCUGUUCACGAAAGCUCUGGAGAACGUGGAGGGGCCGCCUCCUGUGGGCAGCCAGGCAGCAGAGGACCUGCAGCAGGAGGUCAAUGCCCAGUCCCUGGAGAAGGUCCAGCAGUACUACCGCAAGCUCAGGGCGUUUUACCUGGAGCGGUCUAACCUGCCCACGGACGCCAGCACCACCGCCGUGAAGAUAGACCAGCUGAUCCGCCCCAUCAAUGCCCUGGACGAGCUCUGCCGCCUCAUGAAGUCCUUGGUGCACCCCAAACCUGGGGCCGGUGGGAGCUUGGGUGCCAGCCUCAUCCCUGUCUCCUCGGAGCUCUGCUACCGCCUGGGGGCCUGUCAGAUGGCCCUGUGCGGCACCGGCAUGCAGAGGAGCACCCUGAGCGUGUCCCUGGAGCAGGCGGCUAUCCUGGCGCGGAGCCACGGGCUGCUGCCCAAGUGCAUCAUGCAGGCGACGGACAUCAUGCGGAAGCAGGGCCCCAGAGUAGAGAUUCUGGCCAAAAACCUCCGAGUCAAGGAUCAGAUGCCCCAGGGUGCACCGCGCCUCUACCGCCUCUGCCAGCCUCCAGUGGACGGAGACCUCUGAACACCACGUGUCACUGCUCUGCCGCACCCACGGAGCUGCGGAGUGAGGGGACCCAGCAGGCCAUGCCACAGGCAGCAAAGAUGGCCCAAGGCUCCUGCCCAGCUGUCCCUGGCCAGCCCCCUGCACUGCUGUGGGGACAGGGCCCACUCGGCCAUGACUGCCCACCACCCUGGGCCGCACAUUCUCCACCCUGGGCACCGGGCGCCAGGGCUUGCAGAGCUCACGGUGCAGCCAGGCUCCGGACUCCAUCCCAGUCCUGGGGACAGUGUCAAGGUGCUGCCCCGUGAGGCCUGCGGACAGCUCCUUCGGGAUGGCGCCACUGCACUUUGAACCCGGGCUCCCUCCAGGCCACAUCCCAGGGCCCGCACCGUCUCCGCCCGAGCUUCCUGCGCACACCUAACCUUACUAACCAGCUCGGUGGACUCAGGGCACCCGGCCUCGGCCAGGAAGGACAGAGGGACAGGUGCAGCUCCUGCCACCGGAGGACACGCAAGAGCCACACCAGCUAAUGACGUCACUCACCGCCAUCGGAACUGGAGCCGCCAGCCCUGGGCCGAGACACACUCGGACUUAUUUAUAUGGCGUGACGUCUCUGGUGUUUUAUUUUAUUUUUUGUUGUCGUUGCCGUCUUCGAGAUUUUUUCUAAGGUUGUAUAAUUAUAUAUUUGACAUUUUAAGUUUCAAAGAAAGGCAUAUUGUCUAACAGGGACCAACGUGAGGUAGUAUUGCAGUUUUAUCCAGUUCUACUAAAAAAGAAAAACUAAAUUAUUGAAAAUUUUAA